UCUUGAUUUCUGGCCUGAUGAUUAUGAUUGUGAUUAUACUUAUGUAGUGUAUUUUGGAUAGUGCAGUUUUGGGCGUGUGCGUAUGGACUGUGGAGAGAGAGAGAGAGAGAGAGAGAGAGAGAGAGAGAGAGAGAGAGAGAGAGAGAGAGAGAGAGAGAGAGCGAGAGAGAGAGAGAGAGAGAACUGCGGUGGAGGAACAGCUUACAUAUAUUGUUGUGGAACUGGAAAUGCAGGUCCUCACUCCUCGUACCUAUUGUUGUGGACUGCCGUCAGCUGUGCGGUAUUUUAUGAAAGUUUUGUGACGAGCUAUCAUGGCGAUUCGGCGCGAGAAUUUGAAAAUAUAGAAGUGCAUCUCAGGAUCUUCUACUGCACGAUUUGUAGAGUUAUCGAUUUGGAGAACGGUUUAACGGCAUUGUUAAUCUCAGAUUUCGUAGCUAAAGGAACUAAUGGAGACAAACGAGAUACAAAAUACGAUUUUGUAGGGAAAAUGGCCGCUUGCGGUUUAACUGUUAACGUUGGAAGUUUUAGCGAUCCACCAACUGUACAAGGUUUGGCUCAUUUUCUCGAACACGUCAUUACAAUGGGAUCGGAAAAAUAUCCAGAAGAAAAUGAAUAUGCUAAGUUCAUUAAAGAUAGAGGCGGUUCGUUACUUGCCGAUACCGGCUACGAGAGAACAAAAUACAUUUUUCAAAUACAUCCUGAUCAUCUGCAACCAGCAAUGGAUCGUUUUGCAAAUUUGUUCAUAAACCCAUCGCUGAGAAAAGAAACGAUUUUACGAGAGCGAGAAUCCGUCGAUAAUGAAUUUCACGUGGAUUCAGCUUCAGACUACGACCGACUUAGACAACUAUUUCGCAUCUUGCCCAAAGACAAUCAUCCAGCGUCAAAAUUCGCUUCUGGCAAUCUUGUAACUUUGCGCGACAAUGUUAGCGGAGAAGAGUUGUAUUCCGAAUUAAUCACUUUUAAAAGGAGACAUUACAGUGCAAACAGGAUGACAUUAGCUGUUCAAGCCACUUUGUCGUUGGAUACGUUGGAAAAAUACGUAAAAGAUUGUUUCUCUCGUCUUCCAAUGAAUCAUCUAUCGCCUUACGAUUUUUCAAAAUUCACCGGCUUCAACUCGUUUAAUCCCCUGAAAUUCCGAAAAUUGUAUACGGUGAAAUCUGUUACCAACUGCCAAGAGAUAGAGUUAAAAUGGAUAUUGCCACCGUCAAACCAUUUGUACAGGAGUAAACCAAUUCAUUACAUUUGCCAUCUAAUGAACCUCGAGGCUAGAGGCUCUCUAAGCCACUAUUUUCGCGAGAAAAAAAUGUGCGAUCGACUGAGCGUAAAUCACGAACAAAACUCGCUCUUCACUGUUCUUACAGUAAAUCUGGUGCUUCCUCAUCGCGACCAGAAUGGUCCAUGUACGAAAAAAAUACUAGAGGCCGUGUUCUCUUAUGUUAAUAUGAUGCGACGAGUGCCUCAGGAUUUGCGGAGAAGAAUUUUCGAGGAACUUCGGUCGAUCGCCGAGUGCAAAUUCGAGUUUGCCGAUGAAAUCAAUGCAGCUUCAAACGUUCAAUCUUUGUGUCGUAACAUGCAGUCUUAUCCCGCAACCGAUUACCUAACUGGGAAUGAGUUAUACUUCGAGUUUGAUGAUCGAGAGAUACAAACAUUCCUGGACAAUUUGACUCCGAACAACGUCUUUAUCCUUGUUUUGGGCAAUAAAACGUUGAGCGAUGAUGAGCUCAACGAGAUGGAGCCUUGGUACAAAAUUAGGUAUUUGAGCGAAAAAAUGACGGAUGAUUGGAUUGGAAGAUUAGAGAAAAUCGAACCGUUUCCUGAAUUUUUCUUGCCUGCAGGACCUAAUCCAUUUUUCGUGACCGAUCCUCGAAUGAUCGAUCAACCGGUUCAACUUACAGAAUCACCCGUUAAAAUUGAAACUGAUAAAGAGAACGCCGAAAUAUGGUACAAAGCAAACUUGACUUUCGGUCUUCCACAAUCUUACGCGUAUGUUCGUUUGGCGACUCAGCGUCAUGUCAAUUCUGUCCAAACCUGCGUGAUGUUGCGUUUGCUUGAAAUUUUAUUACACGAGUUACUUUUGGAGGAUCUAUUCAACGCAAAAAUAGCUGGUUUGGCGUUUAACGUUGCGGCAAACAGCGAUGGAAUCUUGAUAAAGGCGAAUGGAUUCAGCCAAAAAGUGCCUCGUUUGCUAAACAUUUUAGUAAAAUUUAUAGCCGAUUUUGUGAUAUUGGUAAAAAAGGAUGUCUUCGAUCUGGUGAAAUCUGAAUUACUGACCUACUACUCCAGCGUUUUGUACGAUCCUGGAUCUUUGGCUACUGAAAUCUCGUUGUCGAUUUUGGAGUCAUCAUACAGUUGGACGUCAUCGGAAAAACACGCUGCUUUGAUCGGCAUCAAAUUUAAUCAAUUUAUUGACUUUGCAAGAAAUUUAACGAACCCCUUUAAAGCGCAAUGCCUCGUGCAAGGAAAUGUCAGUAAAAAAGACGCUAUUGCGAUUAUUAAAGAAGCAGUAGAGCCUCUGAGAUUCUGUUCGUUGUUUACGAAUGAAUCACGGAAUUUGACUAAUAACAGUUAUCGAAGAUUACAGAUAGAUCGGAAAUUCUGCAAAGUGAAAAAUUUUAAUGUCUCAGACGUGAGUUCCGUCGUGAUGAAUCAUUACAAUACUAACGCCAGCUACUCAUCUGUACUGGAUUUACCAAUUUUCAAGGAAUUUUUGCAGAUGCUCUUACAAGAACCUUUGUUUCAUCAACUGCGAACUACAGAACAACUAGGCUACAGCCUAUCCAGUUUUACAACCCCGACAGGCUUUAACAUAACAAUCUACAGUCCAUCAUUUAAAUUUACAACUGAACACAUCGAUGAACGAAUUGAUCUCUUCGUAAGAAGUUUCUUCGGCUUGUUGAAGCAAAUGUCCAAAAAUGAAUUCGAUGCUAGAAUAGAAGAUUUUGUAAAAAUGAAGAUGUGCGAAGACGUUAAUCUCAGGGAUGAGGUUGAGAGAAACUGGUUUGCUAUUACCACUGGGAGCCCAAUUUUUGAUCAACGAAGAGAACUAAUUUUGAUGAUCAAAAGCUUGACGAUCCGCGAAUUUCAUCGGUGGAUCAAUAACAUUCUUAUGAAUGUUGGAAAUUUUAAAGAAUUAAGUGUCCAAGUAGUGGGAAAUGCUUGAUUUUUCAAUUAAAUUCUAUAGGAAUAAAUUUUGUAAAAAAAUGAACGUAUACACAUUUAUUUAUAUAAUAAAAUAUGUCUUUAAUACCC